AUGGUAGACAACAGGUACACUCUUCGCCGCUCCCUCGGAUUCCACACAAUUCGUAACCGCGUCGCUCCAGUUCGUACACCAGGCAACAAGCUUGUCGCACACUACAUUGCUAAGCGCCAGAAUGGCCCACACUGCGCCGAGACAGGCAAGCGCAUCAACGGCAUCAAGUGCGUCAAGACAUGCGAGCUCCGCCGCAUGAAGAAGAACCAGAGAACAGUUUCUCGCCCAUAUGGUGGCGUUUACUGCGGCUCUGUUGUCAAAGACCGUAUCAUCAACGCUUUCAUGGAAGAGGAAGCUCGUGCCGCCCAGGAGCGUAAGAUGGCUAAUGAACAGAAGAAGAAGGGCAAGUAA